GCAUGUGAACGCUGCAUCACCAGACAGCUGUCGUGCUCGCGCCCGAUCUCGUGAACGCGCUCUUGUGUACUGCGAAAAGCGGGUUCAAGAAGCAGAAGGAGAAGAGUGUGUCUUGGUGCUUGUGUUUCUCCUGAUCGCUGCUCAGGCAGGAGGGCGCUUCAGCUUUCAGCUUCAGUCUCAGCCCAGGACUUCAUCGGAUUCAUCUGAAUCUUUCUCGACGAAUUCAUACACACACAGAGGUCAGCGUAUCAGACGUGCCACAACACGGCCUGAGCACUGGACUGGGUCUCAUCUGUGAAGCCGGUAUACUGAUAGCUAUCGCAUGUUUGUGUGUUUCUAGAGACAGGCUGCUGUUGAGGAAUGGAAGCUGAUCAGAAUCAGGAAGUGCCCGAGGCUGUUUCUCAGACCCAUGUGGAAGAGACCGAGCCGCCCAAAUCCGAAGAGGUGAGCGAGACGCCCUUGGCUCAGGACCCUCCCGAGCCAGAGAAGCCAUCAGUAAAUGAUUCUAAACCAGAGAUGGAGUGCACAGAGCAAACACCCGAAGUAAAGCCUGAAAAGGAGAACGUUUGCCCUGAGACAGCCAAGGAGCCAGAGAAAUUGCCUGAGAAGGAGGAAGUUGCAGAGGAAGUUGCAGUGAAAGCUGUUGAAGUGGAAAAAUCUGCUGAGGAACCAGCAGAGGUUGAGAAAAAGCCAGAGAUCGAAGUAGUGGAGCAGCAAAUCACUGAAACAGCAGAGCCUGAAAAGAAAGCAGAAGCUGAACAAAAGGCAGAACCUGCGGGAUUGGAGCCUCCUGCUGCAAGUGAAACUGCACCAAACGAACCGGUGAAGGAGGCAGAGAAAGCAGAAGACAAACCAACUGAGUCAGAGGCAGAAAAGCCCACCGAGGCUCAAGCAGUUCAAGCUGAGGCCCCAAAAGAAGAGACACAACCAAAAGAACCAGCGCUUCCCCUGUUCUAUGGUUGGUUCCUGCUGUCUGAAGUUGAAGAGAAGAUCAAAUGUUCCACGAUGGAGUUUCUGAAGACACUGGACACUCUGGAGGCCUUCAAGAAACAUGCCAAUGAAUUCACUGGAGCAGCGGACAAGGAAGUGGAUUUGGAGCAGUACUUUCAGAUCCAAACGCCACUCCACUGCACUACUCGGUUCUGUGACUAUGGAAAGGCAGAGGGUGCAAAAGAAUAUGCUGAACUGCAGGUUGUCAAAGAUUCUUACGACACAGCAACGGAGCUAUCAGUUGUCGGUCUUAUAGUGACCCCCCGCACCUUCGGUGCCCGUGUGUCACUGACGACUGAGCAGCUGGCGCUGUGGCCCACAGGAGCUGAUAAAGAGGGGAUUCCCGAAGCCGACCUCCCUGGUGUCGAGGCUCUCCCAGAAGGCAGUCGUGCUCAUGUGACCCUAGGCUGUGCAGCAGGUGUAGAAGCUGUUCAAACCGGUAUAGAUCUACUGGAGAUCCUGAUCCUCCAGCAAGGAGAAGAGAAAGCAGCCUCUGUGGAGGAGCUGGAGCUGGGCACACUCUCAUACCUGGGCGAGGGUCGUUGGUACCUGCAGUUUAGGGAGGCGGUCACAUGUGACGCCACGUUCUCAAGCUUCUCUGAAGAGCAGCCUCCUGCUGAACCAGGCAAGAAGGAGGGUGGAGAGAAAAAGAAGAAGCUAAAGUGCUCAAUCCUGUGAGGAGAUGGAAAGGGGUGAUGACGACGGGUGAUUGUGUUGUAGGGCUAAGACUGGUUUUGUGUACGUGUGGUUGUGUGUGAAUGUUUUUCAGCUUUAGGCCUGGGUGUAGGCGACUGGUAUGCGCAAAACCAAUUUACCAUCCCAAAGCGACCUUUCUUAGCAGGUGCCUUCUCAUUUCGCUUGGCAGCACCAGCACCAAGGCCUUAGAAUUUGCCUUAUGGUCGAGAAUCACCUUGCUGUAGCAUGUAGUUCAUUCUGCGCUAGAUCCUCCCUCACUCGCCCUUACUCCUGUUUUUCUCCUGCACUUCAACGUUCGGUCUUCCUUGCACUUAAAGCAAAUAAAUUGCUUAUCUCAAUUUAUUGAUCUAUUUGGUUGAAUGCAGAAGUAGCAGUAGUCAGAGUUCUUGGUUUUUCAGGAAGACUGAAACAAUUUGACACCUUUUACAUAUUUGCCAAAUUAUUUGUUUGGUACGAAGUGUGUAUGACGAUUGGCCUUGGUGUAUGUGCGUGUGUGUGUGUUUGAGUUUCUUUUUUUUUUUUUUUUCUUUCUCUACUUUUUUCCCUUCCAACAUUUAUGAAAUUCAAUCCGAUUGCAUGCUGUUCGUGUCACACCCACUUCAUAUCCAUCUUUAACCCUGUAAGACCCAAUUAUAGAAAAAAAAUAAAAUGUUUUUUCACCUGUC